AUGCUCAUAUCUCAUCCAAGAGGACCACGACUAUGCAUUUCUAUACUCGAUCGCUUAAACUCCUUGGUAGACGCAGAGGAUUCUACAGAAGAAUACCAAGCGUUUAGUAUCGGGUAUCAAAUCUUCGCACGAAUUGUCGAACAAGGGCUAGUGUCCCAGAUGUACGCUGCCAUAGCCAUAGAUGACGAAGUUAUAACUCCACAGCAGACCACUAUGCUCAAACUCCUUGAUUCGUAUUUACAACAUAUUCCUCAUGAUAUAGCCCUAUCGAAUCUCGAAACGAAUCAAGGUGUCGGCAACUCCGCCAUCGCAAUGCUGACAUACGCAUUCUUCUCGCUAUCGACAUUCGCUAGAGAGGCCAUGCAACGAGCGUUGGGAACUACUAUACCCAAGGGCGAGAGGCAUUCGGACGAGGCUGGUUUUAAUUCCGAAUCCGACUCGAGUCAAGAGCCGCAAUCGCUGCAAGAAUUGGAUUUACUUCUCCCUAAAGUCUGCGAAGCUUUGGUGCUAGUGACUCAAUGCGUGAUUUCCCUAACACUCAGUGCUGAGGGAGCCGGCGCGAUAUCAAACUCUCCGUCUAUUACGCCCUUGAAGAUGACGCUGAAAGCAUUCCUGACUGGUGUUACAUCAACAGGAGGGGAAGGGCUCGUGGAAAGUUUGAUCGAAACCUUGCACCUCCUUGACAUCUUCGUGCCAAGGAUCACAUUUGGAAGGGUUGUCCAGCGGACCAAUCUAGGAAACAUUCAGAACGGAGAGAAAGCGGGAGAAACUACAGCAUCCAACGGUGUAUCUUCAUCUGUAGGCUUCUCCUAUGUCAAACGCGACUUAGUGCGCCUGCUGGGAAUCCUCUCUUCCAAUAACCGAGGCGUACAGGAUCGCGUGCGAGCUUGCGGCGGGAUACCCGUGGUUAUGAAUCUCUGCGUCGUCGACGACCAAAAUCCCUAUAUGAAAGAACACGCAAUUCUUGCGCUACGCAACUUGUUGCAUGAGAAUAAAGAGAAUCAAGCUGUGGUGCAUGAGAUACAGCCCGUAGGGCGAUGGGACGAGUAUCACAAUCUGCAGAGUAUUCCGUGA